AUGCAUAAAUACGAGGUUGUAAAAAAAAUUCAUAAAAAAUUAGACAAAAUUCUGGAAGAUUUUAUAGAAAUACUACUUAUUAUUAAAAAGACAGACAAUGACAUGAAAGGGCUAUUUUUUGCUAAAAGAAGAGUUCUUAACAUUAUAAUUACAGUACUGGAAAUUUAUGAUCACCUAUUAUGUCUUAGAGAAAUUUACAAAGAAAAUGAAAUAAAUAAUACACCUGAGGAAGAAAAACAACUAUUUAUUGAAUUUUUAAAUAAUUUCUAA